AUGAAGUUGCGAAAAGUGGCCUUAAAACAUUUUACCUUGAAACCUAAGCCACCAAACCAAAAAUUGGAAUCUUAUGGUUGUAAUUAUUGCACACAAGUUUAUGUUUGUCAUACGACGCGGAUGAUCGAUCAUUUGCUCGAGUGCAAAGGAUGCCCGCCCCACGUUGUAACUUUAUUAAAAGAACACCAACAAAAACAGGGACGAAAAUCAAAAAAACGAAAGUUGAUUACAAACACCUCAAAAUCAGCUGCAGCAAAUUCCAUCAGCAGUGAGUCAUGUUUAGACUCAGAAAAUGAAAAUAAUUCUACCGAUUCUACAGCUGUUCCAAAGAAGAAAAUAGGUGCACCAAUUUCUGAAUUUUUUGACAAUAUGACAAAAAGCGAACAAGAAAUUUGUUCGAAUCUUUUAGCUAAAGCCAUUUACACUGGAGGUGUGUCAUUCAUAUUUCUAGAAAAUGAAUAUUUUCUUGAAUUUCUCUCGCGUUUGCGCCCAAAAUUUAUUUGCCCAACGCGUCAUCAAAUUUCUGGACCUUUGCUCGAUAAAAUUCAUGAUGAAGUUCAAGUUAAAGUGAACAAAAAAAUUGAGAAUGCUUCAUCGCUAACAAUCCAAUCUGAUUCGUAUUCAACUACUACAAACGAAGGCAUUAUCAAUUUUAUCGUCAACACACCAGAUCCUGUGCUUUACAAGCACAUUGAAACUAAAAAUGCUUCGCAAACAGGCGAGUAUUUAUGUGAUGCAUUGUCUUCUGUCAUUGACGAAGUUAGCGCAGAAAAAACGCUCGCUGCUAUUACAGAUAACGCGUCUUAUUGCAGAAGAGCAUGGAAGUUACUAGAAUUAAGAUAUGCAUUAGAGCAAAUUUUUGGCUAUGGAUGUUUCGCUCACAUCUUGAAUUUAUUUUGUCAAGACACUAUCCAGACACCAUCUACAAAAUCAAUAUUAGACGAAGCAGUGCUGAUUGUAAAAUCAAUCAAACAUUCGCACAUAUUAGGAGCAGCUUUAAAAGACAUUCAGAACUCUUCAAAUGGAGAAGAAGGAGCAAGGAGAGUGACAAAGACUCUGAAAUUGCCUGGAAAAACUAGAUGGGGUUCAUCUCUAGAAUAUCUUGAGAGCGUCAAUGAUAAUUGUUUCAAUUUGAAACAAUUAGCCAUUUCUAAGUACAGCGACCGAUUAAAAAUUGAAGGUGAUCAAUCAAUGUUUUACGAAGUAGUAAAUGUGUUCGAGGAUCUCAAAAGCGUCUUGAAUAAAGAGCUAUUCGAUACAUCACUUUCAAUUUUCAACUAUGAUGAAGCACAAAAAUUGUCGGAUUGUUUGCAAUCUCAUGCUACAAUGGUGUUAACUCCACUCCACUAUGCAGCGAACAUUUUAAAUCCAUCAUCAAGAGGUAAACACUUAACUCCAGAAAAUUUUUCUGUGGGUCAGGAUAUGAUUUUAAAAUUAAGCCGCAAAUUUCAAGUUUCUGAACAAAACUUAUUAGUUGAGUUAAGCCAAUACACUGCUGAGACUGGAUUUUGGAGCUCAGAAAGCGGACGAAAAACGUCGAGAUUAGUAAAUCCCGACGAGUGGUGGAAGGGCAUUUGUAGCUGUACCUCACUCAGUAAAAUAGCUGUUCCAAUCAUGAACCUUCCCUGCUCUUCAGCUGCAACUGAAAGGUCAUUCAGCACAUACGGUUGGAUCCAUAAUGCCAAACGCAAUAGAUUUAAAGUUGGCCGAGCUUCCAAAUAUGACGAAGAAAAUGCUGACGAAGAAGAGCUUAGUGACGAUCAAAAUGAUUUUCCAGUAGUUGACGAUAAUGAAUAUCGUGUGAGCUCGGAAGAUAGCAUACUGGAAACUUACAGUUCACUUCAUAGUCUUCCAUCGAACUUACAAAGUCUUCCCGAAGGAACUUAUGCAGUGCAAAAUGAUUCAACCUUAACGUACAAUAAUGGCUAA